AUGCUGCCCUCCAGGUUCAGCGGCCGCGUGUCGGUCAACCACAACCUGGACAACAAGGUGUGCCUCGAGAUGCACGUCACCGCCUGCACCGACGACGACGCUAACCUGAGCUACACCGUGUGCACGGCGCCCAACCUCACGGCGCUGGCCGACUACAUGCACCAGCGCGCCGUGGAGGAGAGGCACAGCGUCGGCCGUGGCCAUGCCCUCCCUCGUCAACUACAGCACCGCAGCAGGCGGUGGUGCAAUACGUGGAGCGCCUGGACCGCCUGCUGGCCAACACCACGGGGGACGCGUGGCCACGUGCUGCUGCCCGCCUCGUGGCAGACGCGGCCCGGAGAGUUGGAGUUUGACCCCGAGAGGUUCCCUGACCCCGUGAGUCUGUCCCAGACCUUGCGGAAGAAAGGCUUCCAUCUGGCGCUCACCCUGCACCCCUUUGUCAGCGUGGACGCCCCGGGCUUCAAGCGCCCACGCGCUGCCUGUCUACCACGAGUACUACACCCCCGACACCGACCCGGACGACACGCUGGUGCACUUCAUGGCCUCCGUCAGCAGCGUGUCGCCGCCCGUCAGCACGGAGGGCGCCGUCAUGCCGCCGCUGCCGCCCACCUUCGUCACCAUGGGCAGCGGGGAGGGAUCCUGGAAAGAGCUGGAGACACUGGUGCCCCGCGCCCUCACCCUGGCCAUGCUGGGAUAACCCCUUCAUUGACGUGGGGCUCAUCGGGGGGCCGCCCCGCGGUGACAGCGAACUCUACAUUCGAUGGAUCGAGGCGGCGACCUUCCUCCCCGCCAUGCAGAUCAGCGUGCUGCCCGACAUAUACGGGGAGGAGGUGGACCGACUGGCCAAAAAGUACCACAAAAUCAGGAAAACCAUCGUCUUACCUCGACUGCUGGAGAAGGUGCCGGCCGCUCUUCAGGGACGGCUCUCCCCUCAUCACGCCCCUCGCCCUCUUCGUGCCGCAUGAGACCGAGGCAAUCAAAGUGGACGACCAGUGGAUGCUAGGCGAUGAACUCCUCGUGGCGCCCGUGACCCGCCGGGGGAUGCAAGCCAGGGACCUCUAUCUGCCCAAGGGGAUCUGGAAAGACGGGAUAACAGGGAACUUGAGAACGGGGGGGCGCUGGAUAAGGGAUUACCCGGUUCCUCUGACGAAAAUCCCUUACUUUAUCCUUCGCCCUGUUGAUAACUUCCGCAGGUGAGAGAGAGAGAGAGAGAGAGAGAGAGAGAGAGAGAGAGAGAGAGAGAGAGAGAGAGAGAGAGAGAGAGAGAGAGAGAGAGAGAGAGAGAGAGAGAGUAUAAAAGGUUGUAAUUAUGUAUUAAUUCACGCAUUGUAAUUAUUAUUAUUAUUAUUAUUAUUAUCAUUAUUAAUAUUAUUAUCGCUGGGUUUCGUUGUAAUAUAUUGUUUAUGAUACUA